CCUCAUUGCUUGCUCCAUGUGGAGUCACUUCGCAAGGGUAUAGCUACCCAUCAUCGGCCAUUCUCAUCGAUCGGAUCCAUACAGCAUUAGCUAGCAGUUUGUACGUACAUAUACAGAGUUUGUUGCAGGGUUGCUGGCUGAGCAAAAUGGAGGUGGGGACGUGGGCGGUGGUGGUGGCGGUGGCGGCGGCGUACAUGGCGUGGUUCUGGCGGAUGUCGCGCGGGCUGAGCGGGCCGCGGGUGUGGCCGGUGGUCGGGAGCCUGCCGGGGCUGGUGCAGCACGCGGAGAACAUGCACGAUUGGAUCGCCGCCAACCUGCGCCGCGCGGGCGGCACGUACCAGACGUGCAUCUUCGCGGUGCCCGGGGUGGCGCGCCGCGGCGGGCUGGUCACCGUCACCUGCGACCCGCGCAACCUGGAGCACGUCCUCAAGUCGCGCUUCGACAACUACCCCAAGGGCCCCUUCUGGCACGCCGUCUUCCGCGACCUGCUCGGCGACGGCAUCUUCAACUCCGACGGCGAGACGUGGGUCGCGCAGCGGAAGACGGCCGCGCUCGAGUUCACCACGCGCACGCUGCGGACGGCGAUGUCCAGGUGGGUCUCGCGGUCCAUCCACCACCGGCUGCUGCCCAUUCUCGACGACGCGUCCGCCGGCAAGGCGCACGUCGACCUGCAGGACCUCCUCCUCCGCCUCACCUUCGACAACAUCUGCGGCCUGGCGUUCGGCAAGGACCCCGAGACGCUCGCCAAGGGCCUGCCGGAGAACGCCUUCGCCUCCGCGUUCGACCGUGCCACCGAGGCCACACUCAACCGGUUCAUCUUCCCGGAGUGCCUGUGGCGCUGCAAGAAGUGGCUGGGCCUCGGCAUGGAGACCACGCUGGCCAGCAGCGUCGCGCACGUCGACCAGUACCUCGCCGCCGUCAUCAAGGCGCGGAAGCUCGAGCUGGCGGGCAACGGCAAGUGCGACACCGUGGCGACGCACGACGACCUGCUCUCGCGGUUCAUGCGGAAGGGCUCCUACUCGGACGAGUCGCUGCAACACGUGGCGCUCAACUUCAUCCUCGCGGGACGCGACACCUCCUCCGUGGCGCUCUCCUGGUUCUUCUGGCUCGUGUCCACCCACCCCGCCGUCGAGCGCAAGAUCGUGCAGGAACUCUGCGCCGUGCUGGCGGCGUCCCGCGGCGCCCAUGACCCGGCAUUGUGGCUGGCGGCGCCCUUCACCUUCGAGGAGCUCGAUAGCUUGGUUUACCUCAAGGCGGCGCUCUCGGAGGCCCUCCGCCUGUACCCCUCCGUUCCGGAGGACUCCAAGCACGUCGUCGCUGACGACUACCUCCCGGACGGCACGUUCGUGCCGGCCGGCUCGUCGGUCACGUACUCCAUAUACUCGGCGGGGCGCAUGAAGACGGUGUGGGGUGAGGACUGCCUCGAGUUCAGGCCAGAGCGGUGGCUGUCGGCUGACGGCUCCAAGUUCGAGCCGCACGACUCGUACAAGUUCGUCGCGUUCAACGCCGGGCCGAGGAUCUGCCUCGGCAAGGACCUCGCCUACCUGCAGAUGAAGAACAUCGCCGGGAGCGUGCUCCUCCGCCACCGCCUCGCCGUCGCGCCGGGCCACCGCGUCGAGCAGAAGAUGUCCCUCACGCUCUUCAUGAAGAACGGGCUCCGAAUGGAGGUACAUCCGCGCGACCUCGUGCCCGUCGCCGACGAGCUCCGCGGCGCGGACGUAAGGGCCACCGCGCCAUGCGCGUAGAAGAUCCGAGGGCCCCCGCUCGCGCCAAGAUUCGUGCCGAUGGAGGCACACUGAACAUUGAAUGUGUGUAGAUAAAGAGAGAGUACAAGACAGUAAGUAAAUUAAAUGAGGUUUGGUGGGAACAUUUAAGCCGCUUCUUCUCUGAAUUUACCAUCCGGAUAAGAGAAACUUGGAAAAUUUUUUUUGCAAAGACGAGAUCUACUUGGAUUUGGAUCUGAGAGAGUACUUGGAUUUGGAUCUGAGAGAGCGCAAGUGGAGAAGCCAAAAAGAAAAAGAAAACGAGAAGUAAAGAAAAGAGUAAUAAUUUGUGAUGUUAGCCAAUAUGCAGAGUACUUCGAUAGUAUUUCUUCGAGUUAGUUUGCGUUGGUGAACAACCAACUAUU